UACUAAGAAAAAAAACAACAUAUGAAGACGAGAUAAGAAUUUCUCAUCAUUUGAACUUUGUGAUUUAUUGCAUUUUAACUAAUUUUUUGCCAGAUAACGUGUGAAUUGUUUAUUAAACGCCCUCAAUUUUGAGCCUCAAAGGAUGAGGUUGAGGAAAUCGAGACAGCGAAUCAAGAGCCCCUUCACGGAUUGAGAUGGGCAACUUCUUAUACUACUGUUGCUACAUAUGUCCUCGGUGUGCUACCUGUUGCGGUCUUCCAUUGAGGGUUGGUGCGCUUCUUGUUGGCAUUUUGACCGUGGUUUUCAAAGUGAUGGCAAUUGGCGUUGACCUGUGUUUGAUUGAGCAGACUCUCAUAUUACCAUUUGACGCGCCGUAUCAAUCUAUAACAGACUAUCUUUUGACCGAUGUGGAGACACUUUACCUAUAUGUUGCUCUGGUUUGUGAUGGAUGGAUGCUUAUACUCGCCAUGGUUCUCGUUUGCGGAGUCGUAACGGCGAACUUAGGCAAGGUGGUGAUUUUUAACCUCUUCUUCUUUCUGGACACGCUCCGGCUUAUUGGGGUUAUAGUGUACGAAUACAUGUACUUGUCACCGUUGCUUGACUCUCUUCACCCUAUGUCUCAAACCAUUUGCGGAGACCUCGCCCAGUUUUACACCAGGUUGGGCAUAGCCUUGAACAUCAUCCUCUUCCUGGUAUCCAACAGCUACCAUCACAAAAUGAUGCGGCGCAAGAAGGAGCUAACCGCGAAGGCCGCCGAGAGGGAGGCCGAGGAACUCGCGCGACUCCCCCAGAAACGGGCCCCCUCCCCCUCGGGCCAGUUGGUGGACGAGGUGGGGCACGUGCUCUGCCCCUGCCCGGACGGACGGAUGCCCCUCCGGCAGUCGGUGUCGCCGCAGGGUCGAUCCGUCAGCCCGCGGACGGUGGGGUCCAUUGAUCGAAGGGAUGGCUCCCGAUGUUACGCCCAACAGCAGACGAUGUCCGAGGGCCGCACAUUGUACUCGGACCAGACGACGAGCCAAAGCGGGACUUUGUCGCCGAGGGGACGGAUUGAGGGUAGUCGAUCACCCUUUGCAAACGGAUCGAUACGCAGUAAAAGCCCAUCACGGUACGCACAAGGGUCUCGAAGUCAUUCUCCGUAUGAAAAGAGUAUGUCACGAAGUCCUUCUCCUUUCCACGGAGGUGGAUCACCCGGUCGUCCAAUCAUCAAGCAGCCUGUGUCGACGGGAUUUACCCAUCAACCAAUCAGCAUGUCUCAUCCUCAACCCACGUAUGGAAUCCCACCUUACUACCCCUCGAAUCAGAUUCCAGGUGACUCGCUAGCUUGUCACACGGCCAUGCCUUUUGGUCCUGCCGGUAACUAUGGUAACCGACAGGUUUACAGCGGUAACCAGCAGGUUUACAGUGGUAACCAGCAGGUUUACAGUGGUAAUCAUGAUAGAGGUGGCUAUUCAAGAAGUCCCUCUCCGCAUCAAGAGAGGGAAGCUGGGUGUUCACCGCGCCCAUCUCCGUUUCGAGGAAAUCGGAGAGAGUAUUCACGGAGCCAAUCACCGUAUGAGCGAUACCAGAAAAGACACCAAGAGGAGGGUCAAGUAGGAAUUAGCACUACGUCCGUUGGGACAGAUAGCUCGUCGUCGUUAUCGGAAUGUUCUUCCACGACAUCUUGAUGAGGCCGCGAGGGGGUAGAAUAAGCUUUAAAGAUAUUCUGCCGUGCUGGGGAAAAACGCCGUAUGAGCCUUCAGGCGAUGCCAAAUUUCUUCUGGCAAAUCACUAAU